AUGUUGUCCUCCCUCUUCACUUCCUUGCUUGGUCUGGCGGCCGCAGCAUCGGCCCUACCAACGACAAAGCUAUCAGCACGCUCAGCAAACAACACCGCUCCAACGGCUCCUGCAUUGGCAUACCUUUUCACUCUGUACCUUGAAGACGGCACGCUCACCGAUCUUGGAUCCACACCAUUGGGCACCCAAGUGUUUGAGCCGGUCCAGGGUGGUAGUUUCACCGGACCUGCGAUCGAGGGCACGGUCAUUGGCGGUCUUGAUAUUGGCAUGCAAGACACCAACGGCGAGUUCAACCCGAACGUCGUGGCUCUUCUGCAGACAUCCGACGGGUGCACUAUCCUGGCCAGAGAGACAGGCCACUCGCCGAAUGUGUUUUUGACGUUCGAGACGGCGUGUUCUGCGUACAACUACCUGAACUAUGUGGUUGCGUAUGGGUAUGUAGCGCGGGUCGACACGGAAGAAGUCUCUGUGGAAGUCUGGCAGGGAGAUCUUACUGACUUUCUUUCGAGACUG